GCCUCGGAGCGGGGCUGUAACUUUGGGGUUGUUUGUUUGCAUGGUGCGCUACAUUGAAGAGCGAGGGGUAUAGAGUCAAGGGAGUGCAUUGCUUGGCGCGCUCACCCGCUGCAGGGUAGGGAGAGGAGAAAAAAGUGCGCAGCUGUUGGCAUCAGCUCCAGUUUGCUGUAAAGUUUGCUUCAACAUUUGAAGUAGCUGUGACGGCGGCAGCAGACCAUGCCUCGACUCGCCCUCUUUGUGUCUUUGGCUUUUGUGCUGCUGGCAGCCCAUUGCAGAGGACAAGGUGGUGAUGAUGGAUUUAACUUGGAAGAUGCAUUUGAUACUCCGGAUUCUACACAGAAGCCUACUUUUGCUCCUCCAAAGUCACCAUCAGAUGAUGGUUUCAGUUUAGAAGAUGCCCUUGGAGGUGGAGGUGAUCAUGUCACCAAAAAGCCUACAGCACCUCGACCAAAUCCUGGAAGUCACGGCAAUGCUGGGGAUAAAAUCACUGAUUUGGACUUACUUGAUGGAAAGGAGCUUCCAAAAGAGCCAGAGCGAGGCCGUGGUGCUAAUCCUCAUGCAGGUGGAGACGGCUCAGACUCCAAGCCCUCUGAUAAUACAGAAGGUUCUCAGGGAAUGCUAGCUGGCAUUAUUAGCUCAGUAGUUGUGGCAAUAGCUGGGGCUGUGUCGAGCUUUAUAGCUUACCAGAAGAAAAAGCUCUGUUUCAAAGCAAGUGAUCAAGAAAAUGUUAAUAUGGAAAGUCAACAAGGAGCACACGCUGAGCCCCCUGUUCAACGUACUCUCUUGCAGAAACAGUAACAGAAUUUAAGGUGAAGAGAAGACCAGAGAACCAGCAUAUUUCCCUGAAAAACACAACGCACUGCAAACAGCCAAAAAUAAUAAUUUUAAAAAUGAGUUGCAAAGCAGAGAGAAAAAACGGUCAUGUUAAAGCACCCCUCUUUGAAUGAGAGGGGUGUUUUAACAGAUCGGAGUAUUUGUAUCCGUGGUUUGCCCUUUGAAGCUCAAGAGUUCCACAUUGGCUGAUUAUUGACUUUAAAAUGAGCUUUCUUUUUAAAUGGGAGAAAUGUCAUCCCUUUGUUGCUUGGUGGAAAGAACCUUUUUAUAAGGAGAGAUUUCGGUAUAUAUCAGUGGGCAGGGUGUGUACUGGGAAAGGGCUUGCAUAUGUGAAUGGGACUUUGAGUGGUGUAGUAGAUCACAAUAUGAUCUGCACACAGACAUACUUUGUGCCCACAACAAGAGCCCCUAGCAAUAAGGGACAUACCACCCAGUUCUUUUCCCCUCACCACAUUACUGUCCUGAAAUACAGGGCUUUUAUUUCCCUCCCUUCAGAAGUAUAUGGCAACCAACUACUUACAUGAGCAAAGUAAAGGGUUGCAGCACUCGUGGAUACUGUUGGAAUGAGUGCUUAAUCUCCUUAUACCAGGUGGCCUGCAUGAUCUCUGCCAUUAAGAAGAACCCACCCUGCUUCUACUUCAUAGCUGCAGCCUAGGGUCUGUUGAGGUUUUUUUUUGGAGGUGGGGGGUCACACUUGGGUGUGACCGAAUGUUGGGACAGGGUUUCAAAUACAGAUAUUUGUCUUCCAAGAAGUCAUUAAAUUUUUAAUGUAUUUUUUGGUUUGGUUUGAAGCAACUCUGAUACUGUGCCUUUGCCUUCCUAUAGAAUACAUAUUAGAGCUGAGAGUGUAAAAUGCAUAUUGCCUUAAUUUUUUUUUUUAAUUAUCUCAGAAAAAUCUGAAAUGCGGAAACACUCUUCUCUUCCUCCUCUUGUUUUCUUUUGGCAGUAAAGCCAUGCACAUGCAACUACACAAAAUACUGCAUCCAGCCAUCAUCUCUGAGGCUGUAUUCUGUCAUUCAAUACUUCCAAGAUUCAUUUAGUUAGCUCGAUUCUCAGUUAAAAUAGUGUAGUGGCAUGUGUGGCUGUGAGAUGUACCUUUUCUGUUGUUCACAAGUGCCCAGCCAACUCUUCAUUUUGAAUUUCCAAAAAUUUUGGUCUCAUUGUUAGUUAGCUAUAUUUUCAGCAAAUAGAUAAUACAAUUUCUAUAAUAAAGCUUAUUUUGUCGAGAUAUAGAUGCCUUAAGCAGUACACCUUGAAGUGCUUUUUAAAAUAAUCAGUAGCAAAUUAUUGGUCAGAACAAUGUAAUCUGAGUAUCCCCUAAUGCUUUCUUUAAUGGGAAGAAAGGCCUUGGUGAUGGUCUUCGAGGGCACGUGAACGAGAGCUGUUAUUAGAUGGAAAAACUUAUAAAGAAUCCCUGCUUCUCUGCCUUUGAACUCAGGAUUGUGGCUUAAAUCACUUACUGACAACAAAAAAAUGUAAGCAGCUGCAUUUCAUGUUUGACCCUUUUUUGAUAGCCCAGAUGACUUGAGCUAAAACAGUGUGCCAAUGCAAUUAAAUUCUAGCACAGAAUAUAGAUUUUGAGAAUUUCUGUAUGCAUGGCCCUCUAGUGUAAACAGGAUAGCAAUUUUCUUUUGAAACAGGUGAAAGCCCAAAUGCUUAACUGCUUCCCUUUAUCAUGUAUACAAAUUAACAAAACACCAGUUUUCCUACCGGUAUCACAUGAUGAACUGAACUAGCACACUUUAAAUGUGUGUCCUAGGGCCAAAUCACACAUGAUGUUAAAUGCAUAAUUGGCUUUGAUGGACUUUGUUUUUGUUUUUAGUCAAUAGCAGCUGCAGCGCCCCCAAAUCUGAAUCUGGAUCAUUAUAAGUGGGGGGAGGACCUUUAACCUAUCAUGGCCUUGGUCCACAUUGAGGGUUGGAGAACCUCUUGUACUAUUUACCACAGGAGGAAAGUUCCCGUUAGUGCCAGUUGGAGUCUUCUUUGGGGCAAAUAGCAGCAGAGAAUGAAAUACAGAUCAGGAGCAAAGGUCAGAGCUUCCUUCUCCAUGGUCCUAAUCCUGAUCAGCCCCCCCCCCCCCCCGCCCAACAAGCUGCUGCUGUUUAAAGAAAAACUAAGCCUAUCGGGAGCAAUGACAUAUUUAAUAUAUUUGGUUCAGUCCUCAAUGAAUCCAGUAGGAAUAUUUCAUUUUAAAGCAAAAGGUAAAUUAGAGUUUAGGUGAUUAGAGAGAACAUUUACUUAAUGCCAGUACUUUAUUUUUUAUUAUGAAAUUCAUUUUGUAAAAACCAGGAUCAGUGCUUAAAAUUUUAAACAUUUGAGUGCUGCCAAUUCUGAAGGUAUGCCCUUGUCAUUCCUAAACAGCUCAUACUGUCAUGAAAGCAGUGAGAAAUUAUAUUCUGAAUUUGUGCCUGUGAUCCUUAUACUAUGCAUGUUUUACUUAGGGAAAAAUGUGCCACAGAACUCAGUGUGGUGUGCUCCAAAUAAAUGUACAUAGAAGUGCCUGCAAUCAUAUGUGCCCUUGGGAAUAAUCUCAGUUGAACUAAUAAUACUUGCUUGUGAAUGAACAUGCAUACAUCAGGCCAUUGAAAACUAAUGGAAGUUAGUUAUUAUUUGUGUUCAUCCUAGUAGAGUUCCAUGCACAUUGUUUUGUGAUGAAAACAACUUUGAAAUACAUUAAUAGCUGGCUGGAUGUAUUAAAAUAAACUUUCAGUUAGAGUUAUGAAUCAUUAGAUUGUGAAACCUCUAAGAAUUGGUAAUUAAGACCUAAUUGUGAUUUGUGAUUUUUUAAAAAAAUAAAAAAUAAAACAAAAAACUA